GAAGCUACUGUAACGCUCUGGUUUACUUCGGUCACCUCCCGGCCACCGUAGUUACGGGGGAGACUAUCCAAGAUGGCGCUGCGCACAAUUUGUGCUGCUGCGCUGCGAACUGGGACAGAUUUAGGGGUCAAUAACGCAAGGACAAUUGCUACAACAGUAGUCCUCGGCACACAGGUACCUCCGCUGGGUCCUAUGCCCAAUGAGGAGAUCGACACAUCAAACCUGGAGUCUCUGGAGAAAUACCGCAGCUACACCCGCUACUUCAGACAGGCAGAGGAGGCUAAGAACAAGCGCGUAUGGUGGAAGACCUACAGGAGCUAUGUGGAAGCGGCUGAUCCUGAGCAUGGUGCAGAGAGAGUGGACAUUGGGCUGCCUUACUGUAGCCCCAGCAGGACCAAAGAGGUGAAGGAGAGGAGGAAUGUGAUGAGGGAAAACAAGAGGAACGUUGAAUUGGAGAGAGCCUCCCGUCUUCGUACUUUAAAGAUCUCCUUGGAUCGAGUGCAGCAAACCUGGGAGAAGACCAGUGGACCGUUCGAUAUAAAGAAGCUGGCAGACCACUAUGGGGUCUUCAGGGACCUCUUUCCAAUGGCGUAUUUUCUACCUCAGGUCACUCUCUGCAUCAGCUACAGCCAGGGAGCUGAUGGCCGAGUUCAUUAUGGGAAUCAGCUGACGCCUACUGAAGCAGCGUCAGCCCCUCGGAUCAGCUUCGAUGCAGAGGAGGGCUCCCUGUGGACGCUCCUGCUCACCUCGCCAGACGAGCAUCUUCUCGAUAAUGAAGCAGAGUACCUUCACUGGCUUGUGGGGAACAUUCCAGGCACAGCGGUGCAUGCCGGGGAGGAGCUGUGUCACUACCUGCCACCCUUCCCUGCCAGAGGAACAGGCUUCCACCGUUACAUUUACAUCCUCUUCAAGCAGGAGAAACCCAUCAGUUUCCAGGAAGAUUCCCGCCCAUCACCAUGCAACUCCCUGGUUGAUCGCACAUUUAAGACUUUCGAUUUCUACAGAAAACAUCAGGACCACAUGACGCCUGCAGGCCUGGCCUUCUUCCAAUGCCAGUGGGAUGAAUCUGUUUCCAACACCUUCCACAACAUACUUAACAUGAAGGAGCCAGUGUUUGAGUUCAUCAGACCUCCAGUGUACCACCCUCCACAGGUCAAGUUUCCACACAGACAGCCCCUACGGUACCUGGAUCGAUACAGAGAUGGGAAAAAACACAUCUAUGGCAUAUACUGAUUAUGAGAAACAGAUAAAAUUGGAAACUCAUAGUUUUGCAAGUGUGGAGCUUGAUUGGACUGUUUAUGUGCUUAACGUCCUAAUAAAUAGUUUAACUACA